AUGUCGUUGCUGAAGGUCUUCGCUGCGACGUGCCUACUGGGCAUCACUUCCGGUGUUCUAGGUCGUACGGCUCCCGAAAAAUCCGUGAGACAGAACGGUACGCCCGAGCCACUGAUCCUGGUUCCGGGAACGGAAAGGUACUGGUAUCCGGUAAACGAAACCCGCUGGAUCGAGUUCCCCGAGGGCGCCGCCGUGGAGCUGGUGUGUCAGAAUGGGUUCAACCUGUUUCCGACUCGCAACUCGAUCACGCUCGAGUGCCUUUAUGGUGAAAAUUUUCAAUUCUUAGGCCAGUUGAUCGCGUUUCGGGUGCUGUCCUGCACGUCCUACUGGCUCAGCUCGUCUCGAGUGACCCAGGAGCGGUGCUUCCAGGACUCGGUGAUCGUGCAGGUGGGCUUCGAUUUGGGAGCCAACCGGUGGGUGAACGUGUUCGAAGUUUGUCACGAUGAAAAGCUGUACCACACGCACUUUGUGCGCCACAAAAUGUCUCGCUUCAACGGUGGCUACCAGUCGGGCAAUCCGCGUCCCGGCUGGUACCAGGGUAACCACUACCUCGAUGUCAACAUUAACAACCUUUACACCGUGAAUAAACAGCGCGAAACGAUCGGCGAGAUCCUCGGCUCCACGGCCCGAGCCGACGAGCUGGUCCAGAACACUGACAACGGGAUCUACAUGGCCCGCGGGCACAUUGCGGCCCGUGUGGACUUUGUGUACGGUACGGAGCAGAACGCCACCUUCUGGUUCCUGAAUGCCGCCCCACAGUGGCAGAACUUUAACGCCAUCAACUGGGAGCGCGUGGAGUCGUCGGUGCGCAACUUCGUCGGACAGCGCCACAUAAACCUGACCGUGUAUAGUGGCACGCACGGAGUGCUGUCAUUAGCCGACGGUAACGGGGAUUAUCGGGAGAUUAUGCUCGACUUUAACCCUACGGAGGGCACACAGCGGGUUCCGGCCCCGAAGCUGUACUACAAGAUUCUGCACGACGAGAGCGCCAACGCAGGCAUUGCGAUCGUUGGCGUUAACAACGUACACAUCCCGCUCGAGGUGGUCCUGCGAGAUUACGUGGUGUGCGAGGAUAUCGGGGAUCAGGUCGAUUGGAUUGACUGGGAGCGCAAGAACCUCACGAUCGGGUACAGUUACGCAUGCGAGGUGAACGAAUUCAAUGCCGCCAUCGGCCGGCCGCACCCACAGCUGAACGUGGCCAAACUGCUGACGGGUGGGGCGAUGCGGGUGGUCGGGCUUUCACUCGGGAUCAUGUACGCCACCCUGAUGCUGCAUGGUGUUCUGCUUUUCGCGCACCGUGGCGGGGCGUAA